AAACUUGCCGUUUCCAGCCUUAAACGCUCUCAAAAAGAAACUAUCUCUUUAUCUUCUCUAUAUUUGGCAAUCUGUGAUGAACAUUUCAAAUACCCAAUUGAAUAAUUCUUCACAUAAAACCUGAAACACCUUGUUCCAAAACCAAACCAGUCCUCUCUGUUCGAAACUGAAUUGUUAGAGACAAAAGAAUAUUGAUUUUUUUUAAUCUUUGCCUGAAGAAAUUUAUAUGGGGAGAGGUAAGAUAGAGAUAAAGAGGAUCGAGAAUGCAAAUAGUAGGCAAGUUACCUUCUCUAAAAGGCGAGCAGGUUUGCUCAAGAAGGCUCAAGAAUUGGCCAUUCUUUGUGAUGCUGAGGUGGCAGUUAUUAUUUUCUCUAAUACUGGCAAACUUUUUGAGUUUUCAAGUUCUGGGAUGAAGAAAACACUUUCCAGAUAUAACAAGUGUCUGAAUUUUCCUGAUAUUUCUGUAGCAGAAUGCACACCUGAGAAGCAAUACAUUAAGGAGGUUGAAGCUCUAAAAGAUGAUAUUGCGAAGCUACAAAUGAAACAGUUGCAACUAAUGGGCAAGGACCUGAAUGGCUUGAGCUUCAAUGACUUGCAACUCCUAGAACAACAAUUACAUGAGGGGAUGCUACUGGUGAAGAAGAAAAAGGAACAAUUACUGAUGGAUCAACUGGAACAAUCAAGAGUAAAGGAACAGCGGGCAAUGCUGGAGAACGAAACUUUACGCAGACAGGUUGAGGAGCUUCGAGGUUUCUUUCCAUCUAAUGAUCAUUGCUCACCAGUCCAACCGUAUCUUGAGUACUAUCCUUUAGGAGGAAAAAGUUCUCUUGUAAACCAUAGUUCUGCAAGUCUUGAAGCAGGCUCUGAUAUCCUAAUGGAAAAGGGAGAUUCAGACACUACCCUACAUUUAGGGCUGCCAAGCAAUAUUUACUGCAAGAUGAAGACAGCUGAAGGAGAAACCAAUUCCAAUGAUUCAAGGAGCCAAUUAAGGCAACUGUAACCCAUUACCAUUACUUGUGAUAGAAGCAACAGAAAUAUAAUGAUUUUGUUGCAGUUGCUUAUAGCUGAGCAGUUUUUCUGAAUCAUCAAGCGGGUUUAUAGGCAUGUAUUGAAUUGAAUGUUUCAGAUGAUGAUGAAGAAAAAUGUUAUUGUUACUCUUACCUUAAAUUCCAAAGUUCAGAUCUUUUCUUUGUUGAUUUA